AUGCCGAGGGAGAUGCAGACGCCUCCGAGCAAGCCGCCGGGGCCCGAUAAGGAGCCGGAGAUAGUUGUACAUGCACCUCCCCCCCAAGGGCACAACUCUAGAAGUCGCGGAGGAGAGGGCACCUCAACAGAAUCCAACACCAAUAGCGGAGAUAAGGGGAAGGACGCGGCUUCGGACUGCCCCCAUCAGCCCGAGGAAACCUCUCGAGGCGUGCCCACAACUCCGGGUCAUUGGGAAACGUCCGGGAUUCCCUGGAUUGACCUACAGUUACCUGACCAUCACUACGACCCGACGACCUUUCCAUUGUAUGCGGUCAUCGGUGGCGCUUUGGUAGAUCCGGCCGUUGACAGGAGCCGAGAACGGCUGUUGGGUCUCGAGGGCCAGCUGGAGGAAGCCUUGGAAACUUUCAGGGCCUCUGCACGAGACACGCAGCGCCGUCAUAGAGGCGAAGGCCGAAAACGACCAGCUGGAUAA